ACGAAUGGCUAGUUUUAUUGUUGGACUAAGAUCAGAAACACCAGGAAUAUCUUCUUCUUCUAUUUGGCAUAACGUCCUACGUGGACAUGCCGGCCUAUACACAGGCUUUUGAGAUUUAAUGCAUAACCACGCAGCCAGAUAGUCAAUCCUUUCUACGUGGAGACGGUCUAUUUUAGGCUUAAACCCAUGACAGGCAUAUUAUUGACUCGUUCCAGUUGACGACUGUAACAUGGAAAUGUAAAUGUUUCCAAUGUUUGUAAUCUAAAGCACGAAUGAAUUGCAAUCAAUGGAACGUGCAAUCACACACACACGCGCACGAAUGAUGAAUAAAUGCACCUAUGUUUGUUCACGCAUCGAAUUUAGAAGGAUGCCGCGUGCAGACAUCUUCCAUGGUCGAUCAUGCAAGGAAAAACAAAGCCAGAAUUGGUACAAAACCAACCAAAGCAGGCUGGUUUAAAAUGUGCUCAUACUCACCCCGUGCGGUACCGUUGCUAUGUGGUCCAUUCUGAAGCUAUCCUCCAGUCUACCACUUGUUGGUAGUUUUCUACCCUGUUUGAGGAGACGCCUAAGCACCAUAAACCGUUUGAAUGUUGAUCUGCACUGUGGAACCGUGUGUGGGAUUGUUGAGAAGCUGCCGGAUGGGAACGAUUUCUACGCCUUUCGUGGCAUACCGUACGCCGAGCCCCCGGUCGGUGAGAAUCGCUUCCAGCCUCCAGUUCCGGUGACGAAGUUCGUAACGUCCGUGCUGGACUGCAGCACGGAACGGGACACCUGUGUGGCGAAAAAUCCCUUCAACCAGCAAUGGCAAGGCUCGGAGAACUGUUUACAUCUGAACGUGUACACGCCGCAGAUGAACCGGCCCGAUGCACCCCUUCCGGUGAUGGUAUUUAUCCACGGCGGAGCGUUCAAGUAUGGCAGUGGAAAUAGCGAUUGUUACUCACCAGAAUAUUUGCUCGAGCAAAAUGUGGUCGUCGUAACGUUCAACUAUCGGCUCGGUCCUCUCGGCUUUCUGCAUCUGCCGUCGCAGGGCAUCGAGGGUAAUGCGGCGCUUCACGAUCAGCUGCUCGUCCUACGCUGGGUUGCUGACAACAUCGCUCACUUCAACGGUGAUCCGCACAAUGUGACGCUGUUUGGUGAAAGUGCCGGCGCCGUAUCGGUUCACCUGCAUCUUCUGUCGCCCCUGUCCACACCGUUCUUCCACAAAGCGAUCUGCGAGAGCAGCGUGGCGCUAGCAGAUUACGCCGUACCGAACGAUACGCUUGGGAACUCGCGACGCCUUGCGCAACUGCUCAAUCCUUCCGCCCACAGCGAUGCAGAGAUGGUGGAAACGUUGCGAUCGGCACCAGCACAGCGGUUGGCCGAGCUUUGCGAUCGAACGGCAAUCGGGGAGGAAAAGCGUGGGUCCAUCAUAAUGCCUUUCAGACCGGUGGUGGACCAGUCGGCGAAGGAACCAAUCGUUCCGUUGCAUCCUAUUAAAGCGUUGGGCAUUGAUGGUCGCAUUCCUGCUAUACCGUUGCUGCUCGGUUACAACAACCGGGAAGGAGGUUCGUUUCUUACGCACAUCCUGAAGCAUCCCGAGCUCUACCAGGCAGACCUGGAGCGUAUCAUUCCGCGCACGAUCGAUGUAACGCAUGGCACGCCGGAAGCGAAAGAUCUGGCCCGUGCGAUCGAAGCGUUCUACUUCGGCCCGGAAGGCCUCUCACAUCGCAAGGUAAACGAAUGUGCCGAUCUGAUGUCGGACUUUAGCUUUACGAUAUUGAUGAGGGUGACGGCGGAGAUGCAUGCCCGGUACCAGCACCGGUCGCCACUGUUCUUCUAUCGGUUCGAGUACGAUGGAGAGUUGAACCAGUACAAGAAGUUUCUGCCCUUCCCGAUUGCCGGAGCCUACCAUGCCGACGAGCUGGGAUAUCUGUUUCGUAUGCGAAUGCGGCCGAAAGAGGUACAGCCACAGUCGGUCGAAGCACGUGUACGCCGGUACAUGUGCCGGAUGUGGACCAACUUUGCCCGGUACGGCAAUCCGACACCGCCGCACGAUGAGUCGCUCUGUUUCGGCUGGACGCCAGUGCCAACGCUCGAACCGGACUCCACUGCACCGUUCCACCUGCCGUACCUGCGCAUCAACGGCGAACCGGAGAUGGCGCUCGAUCCGGACAAGGAAAGGAUAGACUUUUGGCGGCAAAUUUAUGACAAAUUCAAUGGAGGAUUCCAUAAACCCGUCGCUAAGCUUUAGCAUCGUUUAUUCCAGCCUUGACUUUGUCUUUAAACCCUCCAUUUGUUCCGCCUAAUUUGCUUAUCAGCAAUUUGUCAACACUUCAAAACAAUUACUCUACCCCACACGGAACAAAAAAUCCAAUUUUCGGGCCUGUCAAACAAAGGCUAACCAACCGUAACGCUUCCGCUGCUGCGCACUAUCGCUCCGUGCCGUCCGCGGUCAAGUGCGCUCGCGUGCCCCAGUCCGGGCGCUUAUCAGUACGAGCCCUCGCGUUGGCCUACAUUUGCUGCGCGAAUGUGCGCGAAAAGUAAACGCAAAUCGAACUCUAUCGGUGGUGGUGGUGUGUAGUGUUGUUGUUUGUGGCCGUCUUACUGCUGCCCUCUAUCAAGGUUUUGUUUAUUCUGCUCGCCCCCCCAUGCCGCUUCACUUCCUUCGAUGCACUUUAGUCGCUUCCUGAUCCUUAAUCGCGACCGAACUUGUGCGUGUUGACCGGCUUGUCGACACGCACGAUCCGCUCGCCCGCCACAAAGUACCCCUCGUACUCGACCGUCUCGGGCGUCGUGUCGAUAUGGUAGUGGCCACCAUGGCCGUGCGUGGAAAAGCUGUGGAAAUGCUGCAGCCGCAGAUCCAGCUCGCACUCAUUCGUGACCAGCGUGCCGACGUUCACGAGCGGCGCCGGCAUGUCGUAAAAGUUGAGCCACUCGUUCAGCUGCUCCUCCGUGUGGAUCGGAUUGGUAGAGAACGGUGACAUGACGUGCUGCUUCGCUUUGCCCUCCCGCAGCAGAAAAACACCGCCCAGCCCUACCGCCCGUUCGCCGUACCGAUCAUCCAGACAGGUGCGAAUGCUCGCAAUAAAGUCCUUGUUGCCGGUGCGCUUUGUGCAGCUUACCUUCAGCACGGGCCCAGCGUUUCCUUCCGCAACGAGCAGAUUGGCCAGCAGCGCACAGCGCGUUUCAGUGCUGGGGAUUUUACGCACCACAACCUCCCGCUCGGCCGUCACCAUUGCCAGGUGGCUUUCACUCACGACCGUGCCCGGGGGGCUGUAGCGCAGGUUGAACAUGCCCUCGCAGUUCGAGCUGACCAGCGGGAACGGUCCGGCACCGGCACCGAUGACAAUGAACGGCUUCUCUUCGCCAUGCAGAGCGCGUUUGGUGACGGACACGAGAUCGUAUAGCUUGGUACGAUCGACCACGGGCAGUAGGUACGGUGGUCCCCCGAUUUCGAUCAGCGCGGGCGUUCCGUUUAAACCUAAAAGAGUAGGAAAUUGUAAAAAAAUGCUUCCCGGGCAGGCUGAGCUGCAAAAGUGAACGCACCAGAUCCGGCCAGAUGGAAGGGCGCCUUGCUUAAAUCCGGACACUCUACCACUUCCACGCUAACCGUUGCGAAACAGGAGCCGAGUCCAGCGGCAAGCACUGAAAGAAAGAAAAAAGUUGCUCGUCAGAUUGUUAAUGUAUUGCUUUGUAGCUCCACUCCACACUUACCAUCGCGCAAUUCCGUCAGGGACGGUGUGUGCAGCGGCUUCUCUUCGAACAGUAGCUUGGCCGUAUCGAGACUCUCCAUCGUGCAAUGCAAGCGAAUGCCUUUCCGUGUCCGUGCUGUACAACCGAUCGUCGCGGAAUGUGACCUCCCUCCCAGUGCCUCCCAGGAAACUGCGGACGCGAUCGCGAGCGCGGUUGUUUAUUCACUUGUUCUGCUUCUUAUUCCAAUUCCCCACAUUCACAUGCACCAACCGCGAUGACCUGACGACGACAUUGCCCGACAUGGGGUGGCAGACCCACAACCCCUUCCAACUGCACCGCCUGUAUCAGUGUGUGUAAACAAUCACAACAAUCCUCAGCAAAGUAGCAAAGCGGUUUUUAUCUUCCAGUGCCAACCCCCUUCCCCGAGGGUAAAAAGGGCCUUAUCGCGUACCGCAAAUAUUGGAAGUACCGCGAUAAACUGACACUGGCCACAGUGGACAAGAGAUAAAUGACUUCACACUUUAGUGGAGUGGUGUUUCAAUAACAUCGUGUCUGUGAGCGAACCAUUCCCUGCCGAUCAGAUGGUUUUUAUGUUUGUGUUGCGCUUUCACCGCACGCAACAUAAGCGCAGGUGCGAACGGUGGCGCGAAACGCAAUGAAAGGCACAGGGCGAGUGUGCCCGUUGCCCGUACACCAAUACACAGGCAAGCGAUGGAGAGUUUUAAAACGUUUCAAUGAGAAGCAUUCUCACCUGAGAGGGAGCGGGAGAGUAGAAGUGCAACGGAUAUGAUCGCACACCAGGGGUGCUGCAGCUACGGUGAACUAACACUGCCAUUAGAAUUAUAAAAAAAUAUAUUUAAAAAUACGUUUUAAAGGCAAUUUCAUUUUGGAUUUAGUGUUAUUUUUGUUUUUCUUUUAUGAUUACUUGGAUCAUUCCAAGAACAUUGCGCAAAAUACAACGUGGAAAGAGAAAGGUAAACAGCACCUUAGCAACGAUUACAAACAGGGGAGAGCGCAAUUUAGAGCGUAAGGUAUGAGAGAGUUAGUGAAAAUAAUUCUCUAAAAAUGCAGCUAAGUGACGAGCAUUACAUUCUCAUAGCCAAAAGUAAGCGACUUCAAUACAAAAACGAAUAAAAAACGAGUAAUAAUAAUAAUAAAAAAUAUAGAAAAAAAAAA